UGUCUGUCCCCGUCCACUGCCUCUGUCUAUCUAUCCCCAUCCAUCCCCUCUAUCUGUCUAUCUAUCCCCAGCCACCACCUCUGUCUGUCUAUCUCUUUAUGCAAAAAAAGCCUAGUCUGGAAGGGGGCUAUUUUUGGCCACACCAUAUUUUUCUGGAUUUUGACCUUUGCCAACUGGUUUUUGGAUGUUGUGCCUCUUGGUUCCAGUGUCGUUUGCCAUCUGGCCGGCUCAGUGCCUGCGUGAUUCGGGGCAUGGUGCAAACCUCUGGGAUUGGGGGAGAUGCCGAAGCAAAUGACUGGGUUUGAAUGUUGAGGUUGUGGGGGGCGCAUCUCAAUUUUCUUGGAAGUUGCAAAAAAAAUUAACUCUGUGUGUGAGAGAGAGCAACUUUUUGUGCACUUUAAAGUUGGAACAGUUUUUUCUGUGGAUUAAAAGAAUUAUGGAUUUCUGCGUUUGCCUAACUUCUGGAAUUUUGGAUGCAUUCAUUAGCAGAAUUUCUCAGCAGUUUCCACCGCAAGAUAAUUAUUUUUUCUAGCUUUGGGCAGACAGUUUGCAACAUUUCUGGAGUUGUGAACAUGCACCGUUCCUGUGGAAGGAGAUUCAGGAUAUAAGGAUGUGUUUUGGUGAAGUUUCUGGAAUUUUUUGAGAGUUAAGAUUAUUUUUUUCUUUCAUUGUGGGGAAAAAGAUUUGCAGGGAGUCUGUGAUUUUUCUGGAGAUUUGAACUUGUUAAAAAACUGGAUUUGGGGGACAUUUUGCAGCAUUGCUGGAUCUUGGAAUGUGCAAAAAAAGGUGUAUUUUGAGGGAAAUUUCAUGGCAUUCCUGGAUAUCUGAACUUGCAAAAAAAAAAGGGGGAAAUUUUGAGCUUACUGAAAAAUCAUCUUGAUUUGGGGACGUUUGCAAAAACGGGUGUUGACGUUUGCAAGAAUUCUGGUGUUUGGAAUGAGGCCACAUUUCUGGCUCCUUCAGCUCACAAAAACGGUCUAGAUUUGGGGGAAAGGUCAGAAGAUUUCUACACAGUUGCAAGAUUGUUUUGCAAAAAUUGUCUGGAUUUUUCGCUGGCAAGAUUACGCAAAGGUUUGCAAGCUUUCCUGGAUUGCCAGGGCUGCAAAACCCCGCUCUUGGCUACUGUGAGCUUUGGGGAGGACCCUCUGGAAAUGCCUGCCCUUUGCUUUCUGGUUGCAACGCAGUCCUGUUCUUGCAAAAUCGGAUUCUGUCCUAACUUGUUGAACCCCCUUGUGUGCCUCGCUCCACGCACCAUGAAAGCAGCCAGGCCUGUCUGCAUGUGCUUGCGCUCGCUGGAUGUAUUUUGCUGACCAAAGAAGCUGUUUGCAGAGCAGAAAAGACUCCUCGAGCCUCCGGAAAAUGACUGGGAUUCUGCUCUUCCAUGGCUGGACUUUGUGAAAAGAGUUAGGUUCGGAUCCAAGGGGAAACCCAACGGAUUUGCUGAGUUGGCUGGAAACUACUUAGGCCAAAAAUAUUGGGCCUGUUUGGUUGGUUGGUUGGUCUCCAAAGCUCAUGGAAAAAAGAGUGAGGGAACUCUAAGGAACUGGGACACUUUUUAAUGAACUUUGACAAAAGUUUGCAAGAAAAUUGUGAUUCUCUCUCUCUCCCUUUCUCUCCCUAUCCCCAUAUCCCUCCCCCGCACAUCUGCAGCAGAAAGAACUAAACAAAUCUGUAAACUCCAACAUCCUUUAAUUUACACUUCCGAGGAAAGCCAGGGCUCUGCCUGUCGUUCAUUUCACUCCCUUUCUUUAACAUUUCCCAAGUUCUGUCCCUUUGCUUUCUCCUACCGCCCCACCUCCCUCCCCUCCCUCCUUCCGCUCUUUCCCCAUCUGUCUGUGCCCACACAAGACCCCUCCCCAGAGGAACCAUGUCUGCUCAGCUGGCCCGAGCGCUGUUCGACAACGUGGCCGAGUGCCCGGAGGAGCUCUCCUUCCGCCGGGGGGAUUUGAUCCUGGUGCUGCAGCCUGAGGUGCCCGGCCUGGCUGGCUGGCAUCUCUGCUCGCUGCACGGGCAGCAGGGCAUCGUUCCAGCCAACCGCGUCCGCUUCCUGCCCGAGCCGGGGCCCCCCGACCUCUUGCCGGCGCCCCACAAGGAGAGCGCGCCAGCUGCCCUCUACAACUUGCCCCGGGGCCAGAGGAGCAGCAGCACAGGCCAGAAGGAGGAGCAGCAGGAGGUGUAUGUGGUGCCCCCAACCACCCGGCCAUGCCCAACCCCCUGUGAUGAUAUCUACAAGGUGCCCCGUGCCACCCGGAGAGACAGGGACCCCAGCAAGGUCUACGAUGUCCCCUGCUCCCUCCUGUGGGACGCCCCCCUCUCUGACACCUAUGACACCCCCUCGCCCUUCCCCAAGGAGGCGGCAGAGCUGGACGCUGACCCCUACAAUGUGCCCCCCCCGGCCAAGCCGCCCCCGGGCCAGGAGGAGGAGGAGGAGGGAUGGGAGGAAGAAUCAGCCCCUGUCUACGCCACCCCCUCCAACCUGCGCCGGGCGUCUGCCCUGCUCAACCUGUACGAGUCGCCAGAGGAGCUGCUAGGGGGGGAGUACGACCUGCCGGCGCCCCCCACGCCGGAGGUGGCCCUGGGGGGGCUGAGCCUGCGCGAGGCAGGGGGUGCGGGCGGGCGCCCCCAGCUGCCCUCGGCCGAGAGCCUCUCGCGCCGCCCCCUGCCCGCCCUGCCCUCGCCCGGCGCCCCCCGCAAGGGCAGCAUCCAGGACCGGCCCCUGCCCCCACCCCCACCCCGCCUGGGGGGGCUGGCUGGGGGGCCGGACCAGGGGGCGGGGGAUGGGCACAGCGAAUACGAGGGGAUCCGACUGGCGGAGGAAUACGACUACGUCCACCUCAAGGGGACAGACAGGCUCCAGCCCCUGGCUACAGACUGUGACCCCCCAGAGGCGGCAACCAGCCCCAGCCCCCAACCAGAGACCUCCCUUUUGCUGGAGGAGGAGGAGGUGCCUCCCAGCCCCGAGGAUGCCCAGCUGCUACAGUUCUAUGCGGGCCAGUGCCGGAUGCACUACGCCACCCUCCUGGCAGCCACGGAGGCCCUGCUGGCCAGCGCCGGGGCCAACCAGCCGCCGGGCGUCUUCGUGCCACAUGGGCGCUUCGUGCUGGUUACGGCGCACAAGCUGGUCUUCGUGGGCGACACGCUGGCGCGCCAGGCGGCCUCGGCCUCCCUGCGGGCCCGGGUUGGGGCAGCCGCCGGCGCCCUGUGCCAGGCCCUCAAGGGGGCUGUGCUGUCGGUCAAGGGGGCGGCACUGAGCUACCCCUCAGCCCCUGCCGCCCGCCUGCUCCAGGAGCGCCUAGCCGAGCUCUCCCGGCAGGCGCAGGGCUUCACCAGCCUGCUCAGCACCCUGGCCCCCUCCUGACCCCCAGGACCAUUGACCUCUGACCCCCUGGUGCCAAUGAUCCUUGGGUGACCUCUGGCCCUCUCCCCAGGGUCCUCUGUGCCCCUGCCACUUGGCCCUAUCUGACCCCUGCACAUAGACCUCUGAUCCCAAAGGCCCAAUUGUGACUGCAGACUGAGGCUCUCCCACAUCCAAUGCCCCAUUGCAAUCUCUGACCCCUGGCUAGUUCCCCCUAAGCCAAUGACACCAUGCGCCCUGGCCUUGACCUUUGCCCUCUGUGACCUGGGAGCCCCAUUACCUCCACCCUUGACCCCACCCAAGGGCUUCCCCUCCUGGCCUGCCCCCCAACCAAAAGCUCCUUGAUCCUUGCCCUGUGAUCUCUGCCUCCAGUCCAGUUCCUACCCCCCCAAAGCCCUGACCCUUUUCAUAUGGGGGAAUCUUCAUAUUAUUUAUAUUUCAGGGUCUGGACUCAUGGAGGGUGGAUGGGCCUCACCCCCCAACCCCAAGGGCCCCAAAGUUGCUUGGGGGAGCCAGGGCAACGCCAAAGACUUGAUUGCAGUUGGACAGCAGAAGAGGACCCCACGCACACACCUGGAGAUGGGGCAUUAGCGGGGGCGGGGGAGGGGGUCGGGGUCAGUCAACACCAGCAUGGAGCAGAGGCUCAUGGGAGAAUGGCCAAGGCAAGAGGGAGCAGAGGAGUCUGGGUAAAGCCCAGCAAAGGGGAUGGGCCCCGUCUGCAGCACGAACUGCUAAGAACCAACAACUCCCCAGCCCCUGGUGCCCCUCAUGCCCAACCCGCAGCCCCUCACCAGGGAGCCCAUGGGUGAUCUGUUCUCUCAGGAAAGAUUUUUUGUUUGUAAAUAAUAAAUCAAUGAAAAAAGCCAA